AGAGUAUAAUAAUAUAAGUAAAAAUCUUACUUCUUAUUCUAAAUUAAAGGAAUCAAAGACAAGAUGUCACAGCCAACAUUCAAUAACGCCGACUAUCGUAUGGUACAAGUCAUUGAUAAUAACAAGUCAUUAUCACUAGUCAAGUAUCACGAUAAAAACUUUAGAUGAAUCAUUGGGAAGGUAAUUUCUUGGGAAAUUGUCAUUAGAAUGAUUGAGAACUUUGCUUCAUUUGCAAUCUAAUCAUGAUAUUUAAUAAUGAUUGGGUCGGUAGAAUAAGAAUAAACAUGUAUGUGAUUAAAUAAUAAUGUUCCACAACUAUUCGAAAUGAACAAAAAAUAAUUAGAGUCGAUAACUUUAUUAAUUUUUCACAGAGCUUCGUUAACGCUUUAAGAAGAAAAAACAUCUAUUGGCGUAUAGUUUCAAAAUACAUAUACUUCAACAAAAAUGUAUUGCCGCCGGUAUAGAGUUCACCGGCAACCCUCCCUUCAAUUAUUUUCAUGGAGAAUUUAAAUUUAAGAGGAUUUAAGUUUUACUGAAAUGGUAAUUUUACUUGUUUUAUGACGAAUAAUAAUGUCUGCAAUAAUAUCACUUUUUAAUUAGUUAGUUAAUUGUGAAGAUUUAAAUUUCUGCAAGUUAGCAGCUAAAUUUUUUUACUACAAUGCAUGGGCUUUGAUAUAUGACAAAAUAAAGGAUCACAUUUUGAAGAAUAACGAUUUUAUUAAUUUCUUAAAUGGGAAAAGACCAGACCAUUAAUAGUCGGUAGGUUAUAUGACUCAUUUGGUUUUAACCUCUUACUAGUUAAUGGUGGAUUGACAUGGCGGUGUGUCUGAGUUAUCGUUCGGAAGAUUGUUUAUUUAAUUGUUAUGUUACUCUUUUAUCUUUUUUGUUUUUUUAACCGUGGAUUAAUCCAGUAAUGUGCCAAUGAUACCAAGUAUAUUCAUAAAUUUUACAUUUUUAAGCCGUAAACUGCUCAUGAAAAUUACUUUCUACGAUAAGGCUCAUCACAUUUAACAUUUACUUUCUUGUUUCUAUUAAUAUGUUAUGUACUCUCGUUCUUCAUUAUUCCAACUGUGAUAAUAAUCGUUAGUCGUGAUAUAUCAUAAAUGUGUUCUGCAUUAAAAAGGCUAUUGAACAGUAUCCAACAACGGUGAAUAAUUUUGUUUGACUGCCAACUUCCAAUGAUGUCUGACGAUGAAGAUAAGCCUCCAGCACCACCAGUCCGCCUUACAAGUAAUCGCGGUGAUGCUACCCCUACUGUACCUGUGGACAUGCGCCCUCUUCCCAAAGAACCUGACUCAGAAGACAGGAAGAAGAAAGGUGGUGGUAAAAAGGGACGGAGCGGUGGUGGUGGAGGAGGUGGAGGAGGAGGCAAAGGACAUCACAGAGGCGACUAUUCUUCCGAGAAGCCCAAUAUUUCUUAUCCAACCAAUUUCGAACAUACUGUUCAUGUUGGCUAUGAUUCCGUCACUGGUGAAUUCACUGGUAUGCCAGAAGCAUGGGCGCGGUUACUCAUGAAUUCCAAUAUCAGCAAGCAAGAACAGAAGAAGAAUCCUCAGGCUGUGCUAGAUGUCCUCAACUGGUUCGACAAUUCAAGCAAGGAGGUCAGAUCGAAAUUCAUGACCACCACCAAGAUGAUAGUAGGUGGACAAGUAGGGCUAGAAGUAUCCCUGCGGACAGCUGUGAGGCAAAAUUCUGCUCAAUCACAGUCCUUGUCGCAACCUUCAUCUUCGUCUACUCCAGACACAGAACCAAAUACCUACCUCCCUGCAUCGGCAACUGGUACCUCUACUUCCUCGGAGCAAGAAGAUGACCCACCUCCUCCUACUGCUCCGCCCAGGCCUGAAAGGACAAAAUCAAUCUAUACAAAACCUAUUGAAGAUAUUCCCACUACACCAGUACGUGCAACCAAUGGUUCUAUUACAAUACCACCACCUGCCCCAGCUUUGUUGGACCGAAACAAGAAUAAUACAAUUCCUACCCCGACUCCUGUCAGCCCUGCCAUUUCUUCUACCACGCCUCAUACUCCUGCUGCAGUUCGGAAGAAAAAAUUGACUGAUGAUGAAAUCUUAGAUCGGCUAAGGACAAUAGUUACUGUAGGUGAUCCUAAUCGUAAAUACACUAAGAUGGAGAAAAUUGGUCAAGGAGCAUCUGGUACUGUUUACACCGCAAUUGAAGCAUCAACUGGAAUGGAAGUAGCCAUUAAACAAAUGAAUUUAUCUCAGCAGCCAAAGAAAGAGCUUAUUAUUAAUGAAAUUCUUGUGAUGAGGGAGAACAAACAUCCUAACGUCGUAAAUUAUUUAGAUAGUUAUCUUGUAGCUGAAGAACUCUGGGUUGUUAUGGAAUACUUACCCGGAGGUUCGUUGACUGAUGUCGUAACUGAAACAUGCAUGGACGAAGGUCAAAUUGCGUCUGUCUGUCGGGAAGUGCUUCAAGCUUUAGAAUUUUUACAUUGUAAUCAAGUCAUUCAUAGAGAUAUUAAGUCAGAUAACAUUUUGCUAGGUCUUGAUGGAAGCGUCAAAUUAACGGAUUUCGGUUUUUGUGCCCAAAUUUCUCCUGAACAGUCGAAAAGGACAACUAUGGUAGGAACUCCUUACUGGAUGGCUCCUGAGGUAGUAACUAGGAAACAGUAUGGCCCAAAAGUAGAUAUUUGGUCCCUUGGAAUUAUGGCGAUAGAAAUGAUCGAAGGGGAACCUCCUUAUCUUAAUGAAAAUCCUUUGAGGGCAUUGUACCUAAUUGCAACAAAUGGGAAACCCGAAAUAAAGGAAAAAGAAAAACUUUCUCAGAUAUUUCAGGAUUUCCUGGAUCAGUGCCUUGAAGUAGAAGUCGACUUAAGAGCAUCAGCAUCAGAACUUCUUAAACAUCCAUUCUUGAAGUUGUCGAGGCCGCUGGCUACAUUGACUCCGCUGAUAAUGGCCGCAAAAGAGGCUGCAAAAAGUCACUGAGGUCAACUUCCCCGGGGACAGCUGGCUGCUCCCGGAGUUGAGGACGUUAGCGAAAUAGGAGAAAGCUUGUAGCGAGUUAUUCUCCAUUUGUAUAUACCGAUACGACUGUUUCCUCUCGUUCCAUCAUUGAGAGCCAAGCGAGGCCGCAUAAGUAUUGUGUUUUUUAUUGUUAUUAUUUUAAUGUCCAUUUACUGAAAUUGUAGUGUCUGUUUUACUUCCGCUUAGUUUUUAUUUUACCCAGAGCUGCCAGAUUUUAUUAUGAAACUUAGAUGUUUAUUGUACGCAUUUUAUAAAUUAGCCCUUUUAAAAUUUUUUACUCGUUAAAACUAAGAAAGACCUGGUAUAUUUCAAUUUGUUAUUUAAAAAGUUUAUUUCUUGGGGUUAAAAAAUGUAACGUAUUUAUAAUCUAUGUGUAUAGUGAAAUGUACAGAUUGUUUAUAUUUUUUUAAGAAAAUAAAAUUUCAUAUAAAUUCAAAAGAUAAGUAGAUUUUUAUGUAUAAAUUUUUGCCAAAUUUAAUAUGGAACUCUGGAACUUUAAAUAAAAUUUUUAACUCAAGAUUAAUAAAAUUUUAUAGGAGAUUUUAUUUUUCAAAGAGAAUUUGCGUCCCAAUAUUCUAAAAUAAAUAAAAUACUUUUUAAAGUAAAAUUACUCUCAUUCUUUUUAUUUAUAUUCAUUAUUUUCAGACAGUUAUAAUUUGGCUUUAUCAAUUUUAUAAUUAUAUAAACAUUUAGGUAACUUUUAAAUGCUAUAUCACUAUCCUAAUCGUAUUUACUGAAUUAAUAUUUCCGGUUUGUUGAACAUUAUUUUUCAUUUAAAAUUUUUCUUAUUCAUAUUGUCUCAUCUUUUUAUAUUAUUGUAACUUAAGUUUUUUACAAAUGCACCUUUAAACGUUAAACCCUUUACAUUACUUCUAUAAAUGUAUAGGUACGAAAUAGUAUAUCAUUUUUUUUUUUUUUUUUUUUUUUUUUUUAAUGAACUAAAAGUUAAAUUAAUUCAAAAUAAUAGUAUAAUAGCUAAUACUUGUUAUACAUAAAGCAUAAGUAGAUGCUGGAAUCUAUUGAUACACUAAAUUGAUAUUUUUUUGAUGUUUUUUAUUUAAUCAUUGUAGCUAAUUACAAUUUUAUGUGACUGUUAUGUAAUAGUUAUUAGAUGGAAAUUUUUCAGAAGGGAAUUAAUUCACAAAAUAUGCUAAAAGAAGGUAGAGAUGUUUUUUAAUGGAAAUAGUAUUGAUUAAUUUUAAAUUAAAGGUGUUUUUUAAUGGGAAAAGUGCUUACUAAUUUCAACAAAAAAAAAAUCCAACUUGAGUGAGGUCCAGGUAUCUUCCGAUAAUUAUCAUCUUUAGUUUCAGGCAUUUUCAAUGAAAAAUCGAAAUAACUUAUUUAAAAGCUAUCAGAUUUUCCAAUCCCGUUUAAUGUUAAUUUGAGUUUUCUCAAAACAUGUGCUAUGUGGGUUGGUACCCUUAGCUUAAAUGCCAUCAAAUCGUUCUAAAAUAUCAUUUUGUGAAAAAGAAAUAAUUAUUGCAAAUAAAUUUAUUAUUUCAUUUUCUGUUAGUCACUCCAAAAAUCUAGUAUAUUUUUUUCUUUUUUAUAUCAUUUUUUUUAUUUCUAACCUCAAUGACAAUAAUUAUAUAACAAACUUACUUUUUAAGGGCUUAUGACCUACACAGGGUAGGUGGUUUUUAUUUUAUUUUUUUUUCAAUUAACUUUACGAAGGAAUAGAUAUUUAAAUGUAAUUGUGACCAGAGACACCCAUUUUUUAAAUAUUCUUUUUUUUUAAAAAAAAGAAUUUAUCAUAGAGUCGAAACAAUUGUUAGUUAUUUUAAUUUUAAAAUUAAUUUUAAAAUAAAUA